UUCCUUCUCGUAUCCACCUCUCUCUCUCUCUCUCUCUCUCUCUCUGUAGACUCCAUGGAUAAGCUACAGAAAUGUGCAGCAAAUUACGUCCCCCUCUCUCCAAUCACCUUCCUAGAGAGAGCAGCGACCGUCUACGCCGCUCGCCCAUCUAUCAUUUACGGCAGGACCUGCUUCACAUGGAGCCAGACAUACGACCGAUGCCUCCGCCUUGCAUCUUCUCUCCAGUCGUUGAACAUAGUCAAGAAUGAUGUUGUGUCGGUACUCUCGCCUAACAUCCCCGCCCUAUAUGAGAUGCAUUUCGCCGUUCCCAUGGCUGGGGCAGUGCUAAACACCAUCAACACCCGACUCGAUGCUAGGAAUGUUGCCACCAUUCUCAAGCACUCGGAAGCCAAGGCCCUGUUCGUAGACUAUCAGUUUGUGCCCCUUGCGCGGGAAGUGCUCAAGAUCCUCAUCGGUGGCUCGGAAGGGGCCCAUGCAUCGGAUUCAUCUUUGCAGUUUGUAGUCGUUAUCGACGACGUUGACGUGCCCACAGGCAUCCGACUGGGCAAGCUCGAAUAUGAGCAGCUAGUCCAACAUGGAGAUCCUAGAUACGUGCCACCUGUUCUCGAAGAUGAGUGGAACCCAAUCACGCUGAGUUAUACAUCAGGCACCACAUCGGCUCCCAAGGGUGUCGUCUACAGCCACCGCGGCGCGUAUCUAAGCACUCUCAGCCUUUUACUUCAGUGGGGCGUUGGAAGUGAGCCGGUCUAUCUCUGGUCACUGCCGAUGUUCCAUUGCAAUGGCUGGACUUUCACAUGGGGCAUGGCCGCACGUGGUGGGACCAACGUGUGCAUCCGCAGUCCAUCUGCGGCUGACAUUUACCAGGCCAUCGCCGAGCACGGAGUAACCCACAUGUGCUGCGCGCCUGUCUUAUUCAACGUUAUCCUCGACGCCAAGCCAAGCGAGCGGAGGCCAAUCAAGUCCCCUGUCCAGAUACUAACCGGUGGCGCACCACCGCCAGCGCCGCUGCUACAGAAGAUGGAAGGUGCAGGAUUCCACGUGACGCACGCGUACGGCCUCACGGAAGCGACGGGCCCCGCCCUAGUCUGCGAGUGGCAGGCAAAGUGGGACCAGCUGCCGUGCGGCGAGCAAGCAGCGCUCAAAUCCCGUCAGGGAAUUAGCGUGCUUUCCCUUGCAGAUGUGGACGUAAGGGACCCGAACACGAUGGACGCUGUGGCUCGUGAUGGGCAGGCCGUGGGCGAGAUCCUCUUGCGCGGCAGCAGCAUCAUGAAGGGGUACUACAAAGACCAAUCAGCCACGUUGGAUGCCUUCAAGAACGGGUGGUACCACACAGGGGAUGCUGGUGUUAUCCACCCGGACGGAUACGUGGAGAUUAAAGAUCGGCUCAAGGACGUGAUCAUAUCAGGUGGGGAGAACAUCAGCAGCGUCGAAGUGGAGAGCGUGCUCUACAGCCAUCCGUUGGUAUCGGAAGCUGCUGUGGUGGCGAUGCCACACCCGCACUGGGGCGAGACCCCAUGUGCAUUCCUCACGCUGAAAAAGAAGGCUUUGGAAGAGAAGAUUGAAGUGAAAGAGGAAGAUAUCAUUGCUUACUGCAGAGAGAGAAUGGCACAUUUCAUGGUGCCAAAGAGAGUGUUGUUUUCUAAAGAACUUCCAAAAGCGAACAUGAAAAUACAGAAAUUCAAGCUCAGGGAAAUGGCCAAAACACUUCCUCAUGUGGAGAAAUCCUCUCCCAAGACCACCAAAAACCAACGGCCUUCUAACAGAAAUAACCGCCGGUUCGAGCCGUUCGAACCGCAGGUCCUGGCUCGGUCGCGCAUAUGAGGAAACCGCCGCCUUAAGCUGUAUAGAGUAUAUCAUUUCAGUGGCUCUCUGCAAUCGAUGUAUCAAAGAGAGCGAGUUUGCUACAAUAAUAAUAAUAUUGUGACGAUGUAAUCUUG